AAGCAUGCGCGCUUUUACCGUAAGUUGUGAGGAUGAUGUUUUACGAAGUUGUGCGAAUCCUUUUCCAUUUUAUUACAAUAUUUUACUGUGUGACUGGUGAAACGUUAACGAAGAAAAAUGAGAAACGAAUUAGUGUUAGAAACAAUUAUCCAAUGUGUCUCGACAGCUUCGAUAUACACGGAGAUAAAAUAAUUCGAACGUAUGAAUCUUGUGAUAGGGGUGCUAAGUAUUUAAAUGGGACAGAGGUUGAUUCAAAAGAAGAUUGUUUAAAGUUUUGCUGUGAUACUGUGGACUGCGAUGUAUUUAUUUUCGAAGAAAAGAAACCUGGAACUUGUUAUCUUUUUCAAUGUGGGCCAUUACAUGAUUUUAAAUGUAAAUUUACGAGUCAUGCAAAUUAUAGUAGUGCAGUACGUACUAAAUACAACACGCAAAACAGUGCACAAUUGGAAGAGGAAAUUCGAAUUUCUCAACAAGAGCAUGAGCUGAAAUCUCUUAGAAACCUAGCAGAAUCAGCACCAGUCGAGUAUUCCUAUACCGAACCUUCCAUAAAAUUAAUUGCAACCGUGGCACCAAAGCUAUCAUUGACUACACAACCACCUAUUAAGCCAGCUUGCAGUCGCAAUCAAUAUGAAUGUCGAACAUCUGGAGAUUGCAUCGCAGUAUACAAUGUGUGUGAUGGCAUUCCACAAUGUCCAGAUGGAUCUGAUGAAGCACCAGCUCUCAUAUGUCCUACAGAGAAACCAACUAUAUCUCCACCUAUAAUACAACGACCUCAACCACAACAACCACUUAUGCCUAUUGAUAUCAUAAAAUAUCAACCAAUAGUGGAGCCACACAAGUCUCUUGCACCACUAUAUGCUCAUGUUCCAGAAGUUAAUCGUAAAUCAUGGGACCUAUCUAAUAUAGCUCAUCCAAUAAUACCACAGCAACAACCUCUUUUAUAUCCACCACAACAGCUAGAAGUAGCUCCCCUACGUAAAGUGUAUGGAGCUCCAGGAUAUCAAUUGGAUUAUCAAGCUCUAUAUGAACAAAAUAAAGACAUGUAUAAUCCUGUUAAUUCUUUUCAUGAACAAAAUAAUAUAAAUUCAUACGAACAAAAUCAGCCGCAUAUUUUUAAUCAUAAAGGAGCAGGUGUUAUAGGCGAAAAAGAAGCUGAUAAUACCGCCUUGUUAGAUGUAAGGCACCCGUACACAUCGCAUUUCGUAUCACCGAAUAGAGAUUCAUGGCAAAAUACUCAAGUUUUUCCUUCUCCAUCUCCAUCACCCAAUGUACAACAAAAGCAGAUAAUUGAAGCAGAGAGGAAUAUCGUUAUAACAACCACACCUCCUUGUGAUGUAUCACACGAGCAAACAGACAUGCCAAUAAAAACUAAAGAAGUUAAGAAAAUCGAUCAGCAAGGAAAGAAACACCUUACUUAUGAGAAAGAAGUUGAUCACAGUAAUAGUAAAGAAAAUGUAUUAAGAAAAGAAACUCCAAAACAUAAUCAUAUUCAGGCAACGGAACCUAAAGAACACAAAAAUUUAAUAGUGAUUAAAGAUGCUAACAAAGAGCAUGGAAAAGACGUUCUAAUGGUAGAACAUCUGAAACAAGUAAUCGGGGUUGAAAUUUUAAGACCUAGAGGGGCUAUUAUAUCAUUAGCACUAGGACUUACGAUAACAGCUAUCACAGCUAUAUUAAUAGUAUGCCGUUUACGAGUAGUUCGUAGACGUGGAAAGCGUCAUGGACCGUAUGCUCACGAUGCGGACUAUUUAGUUAAUGGAAUGUAUCUUUAAGUGAGUAUAUUUUGAUUUAACUAAA